UCUGUUUAUAUGCUCUCGCUCUGGCCAAGCUGGUUUGUUGAAAUGUGAAAAGAUUUAAUUUAUUUGAAGUGCAAGCGGAAAAAAACGCGACUUCACUUCACUGGGAUUGGACCGGGUCUGGCUCUGGUUCUUAGAUUUGAUGCGCUGGCUCCGCGAUUCGCUUUCGAAUUGCAUUUAUUCAAACGUUUCGAUUGCUUUCCGUUGGAUUCAAUCUUCAAGUGAUUUAUUGUAUAGCCCAGACGAGUGGCGACGUUUGGAAAUGGUGGGAUGAGAAUCGUGAUUGCGUUUGCUUAGGCACAGCAAUUAUCCGCGGUUUUGUGUAAACGUAAUCAAUAAUUAAGUCUCGGACGAAACCCUAAAUUAGAAGCAUUGUAAGUCCGCAUUAACUGUAAGCAGUUCUAUAAUUAUAUCAUUAGUCGGCAUAACAAAUGCUGCGAGCUCCUUGAAAGAAAAUUUAUAAAAGGACUAAGCGAGGUCCUCAUUUGUUCAGUUUAUUCAAGGAGAAUGAAGUUUAUGAAAUACGCCAUCUUCUUUUACACCUCAGUGGGCAUUGAGCCAUACACCAAGGCCUCUAGUCCGCGGAAGAGCAGUGUUUGGGCCAACAUUCUCUUCUGGACCAACGUGAUCAACCUGAGUGUCAUAGUGUUUGGGGAGUUCCUCUAUCUGGGAGUCGCCUACUCUGAUGGAAAACUCAUCGAUGCCGUCACCGUAAUGUCCUACAUUGGAUUCGUGUUUGUGGGAAUGAGCAAGAUGUUCUUCAUCUGGUGGAAGAAACCGGAUCUCAGUGAUUUGGUCGCAGAGCUGGAGCACAUCUAUCCCCAAGGCAAGGUACAGGAGAAGGAGUAUCGGCUGGAGAGUUACCUUCGUUCCAGUUCCCGGAUCAGUUUCACCUACGCGUUGCUCUACUCGGUGCUCAUUUGGACUUUUAAUCUGUUUAGCAUUAUGCAGUUUCUGGUCUACGAACUGUGGCUCAAGAUCCGUGUCGUGGGUCAGACUCUGCCGUAUCUCAUGUACUUUCCCUGGAACUGGGAGGGCAGUUGGAGGUAUUAUGUCUUGCUAUUUUGCCAGAAUUUAGCAGGACACACCUCGGCUGCGGGACAGAUCUCCACGGAUCUCUUGCUUUGCGCUGUGGCCACUCAGGUGGUGAUGCACUUUGAUCACCUGGCCAGGGUGAUGGAGAAUCGCGACUUGAGUGGCUCUUGGGCCGAGGAUACGAGGUUCCUGGUGGACAUGGUACGCUACCAUCAGCGCAUUCUCCGCCUCACAGAUGUGUUGAAUGAUAUAUUUGGAAUACCCUUAUUGCUCAACUUCAUGGUCUCGACAUUCGUCAUCUGCUUUGUGGGAUUUCAGAUGACCGUGGGUGUGCCGCCGGACAUCAUGAUCAAACUCUCUUUGUUCUUAUUCUCAUCGCUUUCUCAGGUUUAUUUAAUAUGUCAUUAUGGACAGUUGAUUGCCGAUGCAAGCUCCGGUCUAGCAAUAGCUGCAUAUAAACAAAAUUGGAACCAUGCCGAUGUCCGAUAUCGUCGUGCUCUUGUUUUCUUAAUAGGUCGAUCACAAAGGACUACCCAUCUAAAGGCCACUGUCUUUAUGAACAUAACCAGAGCCACCAUGACGGAACUUCUUCAGAUAUCCUACAAGUUCUUUGCAUUGCUCCGGACCAUGUACAUCAAAUAAAUGUAUGCAGCUAAAUUAAAUCUAAUGAUAAGAAAAUG